UGCUCACUUGUCAUCGGUGGGGCUGAUGUUAGCAUAGCGCCGUGGCUAGCUGACUCCUGCUGAUGUUCUAUAGCUACGUGAACGCAGAGAUACAGGCCCGUGUCACAUCUGAACGAGUCCUGCUCUUCCUCCUCUGUGUCAAUGUGUUGCCAUUAGCAUGCGGCUAACGCUGCCUGGUGCGAGCAGCUGUGCGGCUGGCUAACAGCUGACUCUAAUAGCUAACAGCUAACUGGGUGGAAUCAGUAGACGUCCUGAUAGUGAGGUUUGGCACACAGGACACCGGGCGAUCUGACUUGGUCAUGGCCAAUCGGGGAGGAGCUACGAGACCCAAUGGACCCAACGCAGGGAACAAGAUCUGUCAGUUUAAGCUGGUGCUGUUGGGGGAGUCAGCUGUUGGAAAGUCCAGCUUAGUGCUUCGCUUCGUCAAGGGCCAGUUCCAUGAAUUCCAGGAGAGCACAAUAGGAGCGGCCUUUCUCACUCAAACGGUGUGUCUAGAUGACACAACAGUGAAAUUCGAAAUCUGGGACACUGCAGGCCAGGAGCGUUACCACAGUUUGGCACCCAUGUAUUACAGAGGAGCACAGGCGGCCAUUGUGGUCUACGACAUCACAAACGAGGAAUCCUUCGCACGGGCUAAGAACUGGGUGAAGGAGCUGCAGAGACAAGCCAGCCCAAAUAUUGUCAUCGCUCUGUCAGGCAACAAAGCUGACUUAGCCAGCAAGAGAGCUGUCGAAUUCCAGGAUGCCCAGUCCUACGCAGAUGACAACAGCUUACUUUUCAUGGAAACAUCAGCUAAGACUUCUAUGAAUGUGAACGAGAUAUUUAUGGAUAUUGCGAAGAGAUUGCCGAAGAGUGAGCCUCAGGCUGCAGGAGCAAAUACCGGACGCACCCGGGGAGUGGACUUGACAGAAGCCGCCCAGCCAGCCAAGGCUCCGUGCUGCAGUAACUAACGUGAAGAACGCCUUCCCUCCAACCAACCUGUACAGCAGUAGCUAAUGCGACUGAUGCCCUGACUGCCACUGCAGUUACUAAUGCAACGUGUUGUACUCUUAUCUCCACAUCUCUUAUCGGCAAAACGGAAAAGAUGCCCUGUGCCCACCUUUUGUUUUUCGGUGUAGUGAAGUCACCUCCAUUACACUGAUCUCUCCUUUCCUACGUUGUGGUUCUGCUGCUACCUGGUGAAGCCUCCUUACCAUCCAUUCUUACUUUCUGUCAUCUAGCUUUUUGCAUCUAUCAGUUAUUACUGAUAGAACAAUAGCAGCAGGUAUUAGAGAUUAUUAGUGUACCCUGACUUCCAUGAUCUUCCUUCCAACAUGUAGAUGUGGGUUUCUUUUGGGGGAAGUGGUCACUUCCCUUUUUUUGAGAUAGCUUUGUGACAAAAAAUCUAAAAUGCAAAUCCUCUGUUUUUGUUCAUUUCUUAACCAUUUUCCUAAAAGUCAUUCAGAAUUGUGUAGCACAUAUCUGUACACUCACAUGGCCUAAAAUAGAAAAACAAAAAAAGGAGUUAUAUCUUUUUUCUACAGUAGCCCAGAAAAAAGUCUGUUAGAGGAGUGUAUUAAUAAUGCGAGAGAGGAAAAGUGGAGGGUGGAGAGGGAUGGAGAAGAACCCAAAGCAUCAUGUUUUUUUUCACCAGGAAACUUGUAUGUGAAAGUUAAAAAACAGCUGUGGACUGUUGUCCUUUUAGAUUUUCUCUAUCUGACUCCCUUCUGUCCACUACUAUCCACGUCCUUUCCCCACUAAACCCAAAGUAGCAUUAGUGUACAUUCUCUUCCCCCUUUAUAGGCUCUAUUCUGGGGCCAUGCCUGCUUCUAGCUGUCCCGAGUGGCAUCGUGCAAUGUUUCACAGUCUUAUGUCUGUGAUUUUAAGUGUCUGCAAGGACCAGUGCAGAACAGCAGAUCACCCUGCUAUACCCAGCUUUCUCCACAACAAGGCGGAGGAGGGUCUCUGAGCAACUCAUCAGUGUCACCGCCCCUCCACCUCCCCGUGCAGUGUCCUUCCAUAAAUCUUGUGUAGACCCCCCCCCCCCCAUGGUCAUACUGGGGUCUCUGGAGUUUCUGCCUUUGGAUGAUUUAGUUAAUGCAGGUGACCUUUACUGUCGUGUGGAUGUUGAUGGACGGCUGCUGGGAUUGCACAUGGUAAAAAGCGAAGGUGAUGGUAGCGAGCAGGGAGUUGCAAUAUGUCCGUUUGCUUCAUAAUCACCUUUUGAAUUGUUAAUUAUUUGUCUGCUCUUGAUUAGGCAGUGCUUCAGACAAGGUCAUGUGUCGCCGUGUACAAACUGGGCCUGGCUGGCUGACAGAUCUCAUCCAUAGACUUACUCACACGUGCCCGUUUGUGUGCGUGUAUGUUUGAACACAUAAAAAACACACUGCCCCAUUUGAA